UUGUUAAUUCUCAAAAAAAGCAUCAUCAUUGCCUGCAAGUUGAGAGACCACAAAUUUUUUGCCGACCAAAGAAUUUCGUUUAAACGCUGUGCGUACAAUAAAAUAGAAUUGUCAUUAGCAAUCUAUAGAUCCCGCUUUGUUUCAAGUGAUUAAAAGAUGUCUGCACGCUACGAUCGAGCUGUAACAAUUUUCUCUCCUGAUGGUCAUUUGCUUCAGGUUGAAUAUGCACAAGAAGCAGUUCGCAAGGGCUCCACAGCGGUUGGUGUACGUGGAGGAAACUGUGUGGUACUCGGCGUUGAGAAGAAGUCUAUGGUCAAGCUCCAGGAGGACCGCACAGUGCGCAAAAUCUGUAUGCUCGACAGUCAUGUUGUAAUGGCCUUUGCCGGUCUAACUGCAGACGCACGUAUCCUGAUCAAUCGCGCCCAAGUGGAAUGCCAGAGUCAUCGUCUGAAUGUGGAAGAUCCAGUGACCCUCGAGUAUAUUACAAGAUUCAUUGCACAAUUGAAGCAAAAGUACACGCAAAGCAAUGGACGUCGUCCCUUUGGUAUUUCGUGCCUGAUUGGUGGUUUCGAUACCGAUGGCUCACCGCAUUUAUUCCAAACUGAGCCCUCGGGCAUUUUCUAUGAGUACAAAGCAAAUGCUACUGGACGAUCGGCGAAGGUAGUGCGAGAGUUCUUUGAGAAGACCUAUCGCGAGGAGGAUGUGGCCACUGAGCACGGUGCUGUCAAGCUAGCCAUUCGGGCACUUCUCGAGGUGGCUCAGUCAGGACAAAAUAAUCUGGAAUUGGCCAUUAUGGAGAAUGGCAAGCCAUUAAAAAUGCUCGACCGUAGUGUCAUUCUGGACUUUGUCAACAUUAUAGAGAAGGAGAAGGAAGAAGAACAAGAGAAAAAGAAGCAGAAGAAGUAACCUAAAAUGGCGCUAAAAGGAGCCGUUCACCAGUCACUGAAUCAUAUUCUAGAAGUAAAAGGACACAUUUUGUAUCUUUUGUAACAGGAAUUGUACUUCUGUUUAUUCUGGAAACUUUUUUAUAUAUAUUGGCUUUGAAACGGCCUCUUUUUUUUUUUUUAAGACACUAAUUUUCAUUUACCCGGUAUGUUAUAUGGUAUGGAUUUGUAUAAAAUACAUGAUCAUCAUCAAAAACAAAGUAA